AUGGCAGCAGAUGAAAGACAUGAGAGUUGUGAUUUCCUCCAAAAAUGCAAUUGUCGACUGAACCCAGUCAAUCUUUUGUUUUCUGUCGAUUGUUCCAGAUUGAAAAUAAGAGAGAUUCCUCAACUUCCAAAUAUCAUUGACGAACUGUUGUUUAAGGACAAUGAAAUACAAGUUAUUCCUGACCAGGCGUUUUAUAACUUGACCAACCUGCUGAAACUGGAUCUAUCAAACAAUGAGAUUCACGAACUCAGAAAUUCAUCUUUUAUAGGAUUAACUAAUUUGCGCAGCCUGAAUUUACAGGACAAUAGACUGGAUGACUGUAUGACAAUGAACAUACACGUAUGGGAACCUUUAGAGAACUUGAUCAGUCUUAACAUAAAACACAAUUUAUUUGGAAACUUUCAACCAAAUUUGACAUUGCUGGCUUCUCUUCAAUCGCUUCAAAUGGAUUUUAAUUCAAAUGAUACAGGAAUGAUAAGUGAAUCGUUUUAUUCUAUGAAAAGAUUACGGGAACUAGACUUGUCAGGUUUGACGGGAAAUUGCUCCGUUCGAUCGUUGAAUAAUGAAAGCUUUAAAUAUAUUCAUCAAAUUGAAAAUUUGAGUCUUUCAGCUUGUCGUAUUAAACAUAUUAACAGAGGUACUUUCCAGCAACUCAAACGAAUUUCUUUUUUGGAUAUUUCAAAUAACACCUGCUUGAAAUUUGAAGUCUUGGAGAAUGUAACACAUGAUCUCCAAUUCUCUGAAAUCAAAGUUUUAAAAUUCAAUAAAAUCCAUAAAGUGUUUGACAUGAAUACAAUGCUCAGAACUUCUCAAAUAAAGAAUUUGGCUAAUACAUCAAUUCAAGAGAUUCAUGGGGACAGUAAUCGACUGCAGCAAAUCGAAAUCGGAGCUAUGUUGUUUAUGCCUAACACACUUGACUAUGUAUCAGCCAGGGAUAACCAGUUUUCAUACGGCCUCUUCUUUUGGGAUUUACUACGCACUUCCGUGAAGACGUUUAAUGUUUCACAUAUGUUCACAUUUCAUACAGAGGAUGAACAUCCUGAAAAAUGUAGUCAUAAUAUUGUAUGUAAGAAAGAACCCGUCACCGAAACAAAGAUGAAAUAUGGUAUGGAGUAUAGGGAUCACACCACACCGCUGCCAAUGGCACAUCAACUAACCACCCUGAAUUAUUCUUCUUGUCAUUUACAUUACAGUGUAUCAUCGUACAGUUUAACAAACAAUAUUCUGCGAAAUAUUGACCUUAGUAAUAACUUGUUCACAUCAUGGAUCGGACCAAUAUAUAAUGUCAAAAGUCUUAAAUAUCUCGACUUGUCUUCAAACUUUUGUUCAAAUGUGUCAAAUUAUUUCUUCAGUGAAGAUUUCGGUAGCUUGGAAGAAUUAUAUUUACAAAAUAAUAUAUUAGGACUUGUACUACCUUCAUCGAUUGAAUAUAAUUUAUUUGUACCUAAAUCACAAAGGCUGGAUGUCAUUUUGCAAUUCAGACAAAGUGCAAUAAGAAUGAGGUUUUUGGUGCUCCAACUGUUUCUAUGUCGAUUUGUAUACAAUGUAAUGUCAUCUGAUGAAAGCCAUCAUCGUUGUAAUUUCCUCAAAGAAUCAUGCAUAUGUCGACAAGACCAAGUCACCCUUCUGUUUGCAGUCGAUUGUUCCAGAUUAAGGAUAAAAGAGAUUCCCAAACUUCCAAAUAUCAUUGAAGAACUGUCGUUCAAGGAAAAUAAGAUACAAGUUAUUCCUAACCAGGCGUUUUCUGACUUGACCAACCUGCUGAAACUGGAUCUAUCAAACAAUGAGAUUUACGAACUUAGAAAUUUAUCUUUUAGAGGAUUAACAAAUUUGCGUAGCCUGAAUUUACAGGACAAUAGACUGGAUUCAAGUAUGGGAAACUUGAACAUACAAGUUUUGAAACCGUUAGAGAACUUGAUAAGUCUAAAUAUAAAGCACAAUUUAUUUGGAAACUUUCAACCAAAUUUGACAUUACUAGUUUCUCUUCAGUCACUUGAAAUGGAUUUUAAUUCAAAUGAUACCGGAAAAAUACGUGAAUCAUUUUAUUCUAUGAAAAGAUUACGGGAACUAGACUUGUCAGGAUUGACGGGAAAUUGCUCCGUUCGAUCACUAACAAAUGAAAGCUUUAAAUACAUUCCUCAAAUUGAACAUUUAAGUCUUUCUGGUUGUCGUAUAAAACAUAUUAACAGAGGUACUUUCCAGCAACUAAAAAACAUUUCUACAUUGAAUAUUUCAAACAACACCUGCUUAAAAUUUGAAGUCUUAGAAAAUGUGACAUAUGAUCUGCAAUUUUCUGCAAUCAAAGUCUUAAAAUUCAAUAAAAUAUAUAAAGUUUUUGAUAUGAAUACAAUGCUCAGAACAUCUCAAAUCAAGUAUUUGACAAAUACAUCGAUUGAAGAAAUGCAUGGGGACAGUAACCGAUUGCAGCAAAUCGAAAUUGGAGCUCUCUUGUUUCUGCCUAACACACUUGACUACGUAUCAGCCAGGGAUAACCAGUUUUCAUAUGGUCCUUAUUUAUGGGAUAUGCUUCGAAUUUCUCUGAAAAUGUUUAAUGUUUCACAUAUGUUCACAUUUCAUAGAGAAGACGAACAUCCUGAAAGAUGUAGUUAUGAUAUUGUAUGUAAGAAAGAACCCGCCACAGAAUCAAAGAUGAAAUAUGGUCUGGAGAAUAGUGAUCAAACAUUUUAA